GAGAGGGUUCAGAGAGAGGCUCCGCCGGACUUUUACAGGUUAGGAAAGUGAAAUUAAUGGUGCUUCUUGUUCAGAAAUUCAGGAAUCAGGAGAGUCAGUGUUUUGUUUUGAGUGCCGCCCCGUUAAUGACGUCGUGACGUCACGGCCGUUCCGUAACACGGCCAUGGUGGCGGAGCCGCGGAUGAUUCGGGGAGGCUGGUAACGCGCGCGCACGAGCGUGCGUGUGUGUGAGUGAGUGUGUGUUUCAGACCCUCCCGCAUGGAGCUGCGAGCCGAACCGGUCGUGGCGGAUCUGGAGAUGUCGGAGCCGAAGAGCGGGACCUCCGAGCCGGACGAGUACGAGAGCCUGCCGCCCCACGCGUCCCUGGCCACGCACAUGACAGCGGGCGCCGUGGCGGGAGUACUGGAGCACACGGUCAUGUAUCCGGUGGACUCGGUCAAAACCCGUAUGCAGAGUUUACAGCCAGACCCGAAGGCUCAGUACCGGAGUGUGUAUGAAGCAUUGCAGAGGAUUGCCAGAACCGAGGGCUUUAUGCGGCCGUUCAGGGGUCUCAACAUCACUGUGCUGGGGGCCGGCCCUGCCCAUGCCCUUUACUUUGCCUGUUAUGAACGCAUCAAGCACAGUCUCAGUGAGAUCAUUCAGAAUGGAGGGAACAGCCACAUUGCCAACGGGCUCGCAGGAAGUUUAGCUACGGUCCUCCAUGAUGCAGUCAUGAACCCUGCUGAAGUGGUAAAGCAGCGCAUGCAGAUGUAUAACUCCCCUUACCGAGGCCUGUGGGACUGCGUGAUGACGGUCAGCCGUAACGAGGGCCUGGCUGCCUUCUACCGCAGCUACAGCACUCAGCUCACCAUGAACAUUCCCUUCCAGGCUGUGCACUUCAUCACCUAUGAGUUUAUGCAGGAGUGGCUGAACCCUCAGCGGCAGUACUGGCCCGGGACACAUAUUCUGUCUGGGGCUGCGGCCGGCGCAGUGUCUGCUGCAGUCACCACACCUCUGGACGUGUGCAAAACCCUGCUGAACACGCAGGAGAAUGUGGCCCUCAGCUCGGCACACGUGAGUGGCCAUCUCUCAGGCAUGGCCAAUGCCUUCAGGACGGUCUAUCGGCUGGGCGGUCUGCCAGCCUUCUUCAAGGGUGUGAGGGCGAGGGUUAUCUACCAGAUGCCCUCCACGGCUAUUGCGUGGUCAGUCUACGAGUUCUUCAAGUACUUUCUGACCCAAAAGGAGCAGCACAACCUGGAACUGUCGAAGGAGGCGAACAAGACGGGACCAACAUAGGGCUAUGAGUAGUGGUUUCUGAUGCUGGACCUGGAGGAACCUGCUGUUUGCAAAGUUUGGCAUUUUCCCUGGUUAAACAAAACAGCUAAUUGACCUACUGAUUUAUGUCCUGUCUACAAAUGCAUUUGCAAGGUUGGAUAAACUUUUAAGUGUUUACGUCAAAAUCGCGUUAAACUUUAUGGAUCAGGCGAACUUAGUCCGCUAUGGUUCAGUUUCCUGGAAAGGUAUUAGGCUUAGUCGUAGACUAUAUUUUCCUUUCAAUGGAAAAGCUCCAUUGAAAAUGGGUUUUAGUCCAGAACUAGAUUUAAUCCCUGUUUGCGAAAAAAAAACAACAUUAUUCUACUUAUUUGGAAUAACAAAUACUUUUUGACUUCUGUUGUGUAAUCAAGGUUUAUGGAAAGUUAGCAUUGUUAGCUAUUAGGGAUGCACCAAAUAUUUUUUGUUGGCCAAAACCGAUUAAAAUGAAACAUUUAACAAAUACCAAAUAUCUUUAAUCUUUUGCCAUUUUUGAUUCAUUGUCACUUUUUUACCAUCAAAUGAAUUAAAUGGCAUUUUUUUUAAGAAAAAGCAACUACAAAAUUACUAUUUAAAAAAAAUUAUUAAACACUUUCUUUUAUUUCCCAGCAGACAAACAAACAAAGCGCAAUACAUUUACCUUAGCAGUGCCAUGCUUAUCAUACUGUGCUGUUUGUCAGCUCCUUGAUGCCAUUUUUUGCUAUUUAAAAUCCAUCAAUAUGUUGAUCUAAAAAUUAGCAGAUGAAUACAUAAUAAAACUAAUAAUGGCACAACUCAACCGCAACACUAAUAUCCUGCUUCUACAAUCUACAAUAAUAAUAAUUGAAUGAUAUUAUAAUAUGAAAUGUUCUUUAUUGAUUAUCUAUGCUUAACAUACUUUCUAUAGAGGGAGCCAGGUGUGUGUGGAUGGAGUGUCAGUGCAAAAUGACUUAAAAUAAUUUAGACGUUGUUUGGUCUUUUUCACCAUCACCAUUUUUGGCCAAAAAUUUCAGUAGCUAAAUAUUUGGUGCCUUCCUAUUAGCUAACUAAUGUUUUUAGUGUAUAAAAGCAGCCUGGCUGUAAAAAGCUUGUCCAACCUUGCAAUAAGAGCUAUAAAAACAUUUUUGAGCAGUAUGUAAAUAGGUUGGUCAACAAUAUUUUCUUAAGUUGAAGUAGGCUGUGUUCAAGAUCAGAAAAAUGCCAAUGUAUUCUGAACAAGUGCUCUCCAGGAACAGAGCUGUGAACCACUGGAGGUUAAAUUUAGUGUUUGCUGACACUGCCCACUCCUGAGGCUUCAGUUAGGACCCUCAGGACAGAAUCCGUUCUACACAGAAAAGAUUUUUGAAGACCAACACUGCAUCAACUUGCCCUGUGAUCUUCUCAGUACACACUAUGUACAAUUCAGAAAAUGGAAAAGAAGAAUGUAGAAAUUUUGCUGAACAUUUAUUUAUUGAAAGAACUUAUUGCUGUUACAAGCAGAAAAUUAUAUAUUUAGGCAUAUUUAUAUAUAAAUAUAUAUGCAAGUGUACACAUGCAAAAAUGUCCCUCUAGGUAGAGGAAAUGAGAACAAAGAGAACAAAAUUCAACUUAAUUUCUCAUGUCUUUUAGACUAUGCUCACACAUCAGGUAAAAGUGGCCCAGAUUCGAUUUUCCUAUUAAAUAUAAAAUGUAUUUUGGGAUGUUUUUACAUUUCGCAUUUGUAUGUACAGUUUGUGCUGUUCAUUCCUUUUGAAAUAAUUGUAACACAAACCUUCUAAUUUUAUUGAAGCAAAUGCAUCAUUCCAAAUAUUUCUGAGUUCUCUUACCUCGCUACCCCGCCAAUGAAAGCCCAGUUCAACCCAAAAGUCAUGUAAAUUCUGAUCUGGCUGUUCUGCAUUGCUGCAAAUCGGGUAUGUAUCAAAUUUUAAUGCCACAUAUUGAAGUAAACCAAAUUCUUUACACUGCCACACAUCUUUGUCUAGAGAAAGAUCUGAUUUUAGCCACUUUGUACUGCUGUGUGAGCGUAGCCCUAAUAUUUCUACUCUUGGGUCUGAUUCCUGAUUCACGGUCUAAUGGGAUGAGUACCGGUAUGUGUAUGAUGGUGAUCACAAUGAUUGUCCAGAAGAAGGUGUGCCCCUAAAAUCAGACGCAAAGUCACAUCCUCCCAGCCCCUCAGUCAGCCAGCAAUGUGUUUAGCUUUGCCCUUGUAUUUAUAGACUCAAAGUAGGAAAUUUCUAUUUAUGUUUUUUGUUCAGCUUUCGCUUCAGAGGGUCUAUAGGUCUCUCUUUCUUUCCUGUAAGUAUUUAUAACGGACUAUUUAACAGAACGCAUUCCCCAUUUCUGCUGCAGGAUAAAUACAGAAAUAACUGUGCUUUUGAGAAAAGUGCUCUUCAUGGGCAGAAGACUGACUGCCUUUACUUAGAUUUCUUUAGAUUUCUAUAGUUUAUUUUCUGGACCAAUAUGAUACCUUCCAAGAUAUGCAUUUGACGGGUCCAAAGAAGUUGUUCAUAGUUUUUCCUAGGCCAGUGGUUAACAGUCAUGGGGCCUCAUUUAUAAAACUGCCACUAUAAGCUACUUGCCAUCAGCAGCCGGAGUUUAUGGGAGCACAAUUGGCCUUGCCAAUUUGUCUACACAAUCCAUUGGUGUAGAUGAAAAAGCCAUUCAGAAUGAUUCUUUGUAGAAGCAUUUCUACAAUUAAAGGUGGUAGUAAAAGGAAUCAAAAACCUUAAGAAAGUUAUAUAUGUGCUGAUGAUGAUAGUAAAACAGUGGUAGAUGUGGACAAGUGGUCAAUUCAAAUCUGAUGUGCCACAUUUCUCUUGAAGCAAACAUUUUAUUUUAUCAAAUAAAUAGUUUUGUCAUAAAGAUAAAAACUUAAAUGUCCUGGACUUUGAACUCCUGACAGUUGGCCAGUUUAUGUGAUGUAGGUGUGUUUGACUUGCUUUAACAUUGUCAUGAUUAGUUUUAAAUGGGGAGGUGGAGUAAUGUGUGUAUACUACAGGAUAUCUGUAAAAAGUUACAAUGAUUUGCACUGGAUAAAAAAAUCUUAUAAAUGAUUGAAAUGGGAGUAGCUACUUUAUGCGCUAUUGUUACCUCCAUAAAUUGUGACGAUCUCCCUUCUUGUGACCCGCUUACAGUAAUAAGGGGGUUUGGAAAUUAGUAGCUACAUGUUCAAAAUAUCUAUGUAGACUAUAUAGGCUUCUACAUAAUAACGUUCCUAAACCUAAAGCUGCAACACCUGUGACUUGAGUGUUGAAUGUCAUUUUACACCUGAAGUGCACCACAAAUUUGAACAACCUAGGUAAAAACUAGGUAUCUGUGCCCUGUACAUUGAAACGAUGCUUCCUAGAGAAUAUUUACCUACGCGUUGAUGCGCAUAGGAUUAUUAAAAAAAAAAACAAGCCUUGACUGAUAUUUUUAGUGCACUCCAUAAUAAGGUACGCUUGACCUCUUUGAAAAUAUGCAGGACAACAAGAGUAUUUUGUCUUUAUUGUAGAGCAAAGCCUGUGAGUCUCUAGAUCCUGGAUCUAGAUUCAUUCUUCCAUUCGUAAUGGAUGUCGACUUGGCUCAAAAGUUUGCCAUUUUUGAGCAGUGAAUGCUUUGCAUUGAAAUUACGCACAACUAUAAAGUCUAUGGAAGUGAUAUAUAUUGUACAUAUUGUAUUAUAUUAAUGAGAGGUGACUGCGUUACCUGCUUUUUUUUGUUGUUCAGAUUUUUAUUUGGAUUUUUAGCUCUUAUUUUAGAGCAUGUGUGUAUGCUGGUCCCAGUGGGGCAUCAAGAGUGUUUAAAGACUCACUCAACUAAUGCACGGAUGCAUUUUGCAGCUUGACACAUCUCACAUGUUGUUUUUUUUUUACUAUUGUAAUGGCAUGGCCAUUGUGGACAUUUCCAUCACUGACACUGAAUUUACUAUGAAGAGCUAGAUGUCAUAAAUAUUAGAGGAUGAAAUAUUGGCGCAAAUAUUAUUUGCUAAAUUUAUUUUGCGAUAAAUUUGUGAUUUAAAAAAAAAUGCAAUCUGGUAUAUUGGUCGAUUCCUAGGUUUUGAGUUUUUGUAUAUUCUGCUAAUUAAUAUUCAUGUAUAGAUUCUGAGAUAUUGUUCAUGUGUACAUGUAUAGUAAUGACCAAUGAUUGGAAGUAAUGUAUGAAACUGACCUUGUAGCAAGUCAGAAGUACUAUAAUAUUUUAGCACACCAUGAAACAGCCAUUCCACUGACCUGUGGACUGUGUGGAUUGGAUGCAUUUUUUUUAUGAUCUAUGCAGCUUUAUCUCAUAAUAACGAAGGAUUACCAGCAGCAAUGCCCUUCCUUUGAAAAGAUGUUCUGGAGACUUGAUUAGCUGGUUUUGCAGAGUGUCUUUCCUCUGUUCUACACUUGAUGUUCUCCUUGCCUCCCUUUUUUUCAGACUUCUGUCCCCAAACAGCUCGGAAGUGUUAGACGUUCCUCUAAAUUCUCUAAAUUCCACCGGAAUCUUCAAGAUUUCUUUGUUUGUUUGCCUUUUGAUUAAACGCUAACUGGUUUAUUUUUUUAUUCGCUAAUGCAUUUUUGAAGUUGCGUAAUUACUUUAAACUCAAAGACCCAAAGAUUGCUCACUCACACACAUAGUAUAGCUUUAUAUAUAUAUUUUAAAAAAUAAAACAAAUGAAAAAAUAUCACUCAGAAACUCGAGAGAGGUUUAAUGUAAUAAUAUUUAAAGGAAUAGAAGAAUAAGCAAGUAUGUUAAUAUGGCUAACAUGUCUUACAAUGAAUAGAAACUAGGAGCACCUAAUUAGCAUUAAUCAAUUUGCCUAAUGCUAGUUAGCAGCUAAUCACACCCAUUCCAUUUAUUGUUAGCAUUUUUAUCUAUCUUUCUUCCUUUUUUUGUGUAGGUGAGUUCCUCUGCAAUAGUCCUGAUCAUUAGUCCCUUAUAUAGGGAACCUGAAAUUGCUUUUUGUGUGUGUGUUUGUUUGUGGACUUGCAUUUAGCUAAAUGUAUAGUGGCCAUGAAGCCAUACAUCUGCUUUUAGCUAUACAGCUGCUUUUUAGCCCAUAUAACAUGGGUAUGCCUGGAGGAGUAUGCCUAAGAAUGGCUGUAUAAUUUAUUGUAAUAACUGCACAAACCCUAAUUAUUUCUUGCUCUACACGUUUAUCACUUUUAUAUUAUAUCUGCUGUCAGACUGCUUUAGGCUAGUCAGCGGCAUGUGUUGACUAACCCAUGUUUAAUCAUUGUGAUUCUCUUUGGCUCUUCUCUUUCUUGUGUUAAACGCCACUACUACUAACUACGAUAUUUUCUGUAGGAAAGUACACAUUAAUGUCUUUCUGUCCCAGUUUCGUUCCUAUUAGCAACUGAACCAUAGUCCCCACCACUGAAGAGAUUUCCAAACAUUAGAUACAGCUGCUUUCUCUGCGCACAAUACCAGAAGGAACAUUAAACACACAGUGCCAUCUAGAGUACUAAAGAUACUUUACAACGGAGAACACAAUGUAGAAGCAAAAUGUUGAUUGAUUUGUGAAAAUGCUGCUACAGUUUGUAACACUGGAGCUGAAAUAAAAAAAGUUAUUUAACUGAA